AUGAAUCAAGGGACUAUACAUAAUGUCCCUAUGAUUUCGAUCGCAGAAGAACCAGUAACUGAUGAUAACAUACCAACUUAUACUUUAGAGAUGGUUAAAAGCUUUAAUCAUUCUUUAAAAAUUACAAGUCCUGAUUUCUUAAAGAAAUUAGAACAAAUGAAGUAUUAUCGCAUACAUCAAAACGAUCCUGUCGAAGCUAAUACACCAUCAAAGUUUAAAGCCCCAGCAGAUCAAAUGAUUUAUAAUAUUAACCACUACAUCAACAAAUUAACUGCAGAUAUUGAAACCAUCAAGAAGAUGGCAGAUAAGAUGAUUCAUGAAUUAUAUUUCGGCACAGAAAAAUUCAUAACGAGCUUUUUAAAUAUAAUUGUCGAUACAGCAACAAUACAAUCUCCAUUUGCAAUGAUAUACACCAGAUUUCUUCAAGAAAUUUAUAUAGGGCUUCCAACUACUGAUCAAAAAACAUUUUUUCGAAAUAAAUUGGCAGAAUUUUUAUAUAACGAAGAAAACCUAAGCAGUUCAAGAGCAUUUUUCAUAGGGUGUCUUACAUCAGCAGAUUUAACAGAUAAAUCCAGAGUUUUUGAAAUCGUCAAACAAUUAACAAACGAUGGAGGACAAGACUCAUAUGAAAUUUUGUUCAACCUACUAAUAUAUUCAGGCCAAAAGCUCGAAAAUACAUUUCCUGAUUUUGAUCAAAUAAUUUCCUCAAUUACAGAAGCAGCAUGCAAUACAAGCAUUCCACAAAGAGUACGAUUUAUGCUAAUGGAUCUACUGGAAGAACGUGAAGCAAAUUGGAAAAUUGGCAAAUUAUUACCGAAUUUUGUUCAUGUCGAUGAUUCAAAGGAAUCUGAACAAGAACUCUCAGGAGUAGAUGCAAGUAUACUUAGAUCUUAUAUAACAGAACGAAGUCUUCCAAGCAAAUUUACAGAACAUCAAUUAUAUUCACUUUUAUUCUCUUUGGCCAUUGCAUCCAUGAAAAACUACGAAAUAGGAAUUGGAGCAUUGAAAGAACUUGCCAAUCGUAAAGAAAAAGUUUUCAAAGACAAAACAAUUAUUUUAUUACAAAAAGUUAAACUAAAUGCAGACAAAGAAGACGUUUUAAUUGACUAUCCAUAUGCUGUUCGUACUAUUGGUGCUAUAUUUGGCCAGCUAAUUAUACUUGGUUUCAAACCCGAAUUAUUUGGUUCGGAUUUAUUCCCGUACGACAUCAUAGUUUUCAUUGGAUUACUCGAAGAACUCGUUGGUAUUGAUAGGAUUGACAUAAUUACUAAUAGUCCUUACUUAUAUAACUUAAAAUUCCUUCCUGACUUACAUUCACACAGCCAAGUGAUUUCCGAGCUUGUCGACUUCGAUCUAACUGAUAUCUAUCCUGUUUAUGAUGCUAUGAAGACAAUUUUCCAAAUGAUUAAUGACGAUGAACCUCCAGAAUUAGUAAUGAAGUACUUGUUUAACGAUUUGGACAAAAGUAUCUUCAAGUCUACAUAUUUGGUCGAAUUCGUCACUGAAUUCAUGGUAAUUCAUAAACCACAAAAAUAUGGCUGUCUUAUGACAUAUAUAGCUAAACGACCUCUCGAAUCAUUCGCUCACAUUGAGUCAAUUGGAGAAAUGUAUCAAUGGAAACCUGAACAAAUUGCGGCAAAUAUCAGAAGAUUAGCCCGUUUGAUUAAUGCCCCAUUAGAUGAGUUUAAGAAACUCAAAUUGAGACCUUUCCAUGAUAUUGUUGUUAAAUUUAUUUGA